CAGGUUUGAUAUCUUUGGCAUGAAACCCAUCGUCCGGAGAAGGAAAACUCACUCUCUUGACACUCUUCUUCUGGGGCUCAAGAGACUUUUGCAGUAAAAAAGUAGUAGAAUCGCAGAUUUGGAGUUUUCGUGGGAGUGGCAAUCAUGGAGUUUGCUGAUGAAAGUGGAGAAAUUCUGUUCCAGCAAGUGGACACGUUGAUUACUGAUGAGGAGUCUGAGACAGAGAAACCAGAUGUUGAGCGAUGGGAUCCUCUUGGGGCGGCCAAUGACUCAGAAACUGACAUCCAGCAGGCGGAUUCCGAGCGACAGUUGGCGGAGCCGGAACACUUCUGUGACUUCAAUCGGAUCCGGAGUUUGGAGGAAGAGCAGGAAAUGCUGACAUCCUCACUUCUGGCUCUCACAUCCCACUUCGCACAGGUGCAGUUCCGGCUGAAGCAGAUUGUUAAGGCUGCUCCAGAGGAGCGUGACAUGAUGCUGAAGAACCUGGAGGAGUUUGCGUUCCGGGGUAUCCCGGAAGUGCAGGAGAUUGAGAGUGGUAGUGGGAAUCUCAUCAUGUCCUCGGUGGAGUGGCAACGGAAUCGGCAGCAGGAGCUGAUUCAGCAGCUGAAGAGCCAGCUGGAAGAUUUGGAGAAGUUCGCCUUCGAGUCUGGUGAGCCCGUUCUGCCGCAAUCGAUGCUGGUGGAAAAGCAGAAGGUCAUCAUUGACGAGUUCAAGAGCAAAAUCAAUCUCAAUCUGGAUGAGAAUGCUUUGUCACACUUGAGUCCAGAGGAUUUGCGUCAUCAGGUGGACUCUGCGCUUGGGGAAUUUGUCAGCCCGCUGAAGAUGAAGGAUCAACUCGUGACUCAACUGAAGACUCAGAUCACAGAUCUCGAGAGAUUCAUCGAGUUUAUCCAGAAUGCAGAAGACACCGUUGGGGAGGUGGACACAAAUUGUGACUGCAUUUCUGAGGAGCAUCGACGAAAGCCGCUGCCCAGGAAGAAUUCGCGCUCUAGGAUGACAAGCACGUCGAGCCAGGACGGUUCCAGCCGUGGCUCUGACGGUAAAUUCGUGGACAAAGGGCAGAGUAUCGUGAAGCGCGUGCUCACUCUGCUGGAAAUCUUCACCUCCUCUCAGAUUGGCUGUGCCUCCACGGCGACGAGAUUCCAGAGGAACUCCUUCAAGAAGACGCCCAGCGGGAGCCACUGGGGCGAUCUGAGAGCACAGCUCGAAGUGGACAUCCAGGAAAUCUGCAAUUUCGCCAAGAAAAAGGACGAGGAUUCACACGAUGAUCUCUCCAGUGUGUACAUGACUGACUCUGAUUCCGAGCCGGAUUCUGCUCAAGUGGUCACACAGCAGAGGCGUCGGAAGGCGAGAUCCCAGAAGCAAUCUCAGGACAGCACUUAUCUCAUGUCAAUCGUGCGGAAGCGCUUCGCAAUGACCCUCCAGAAACUAAUGCAGCACGGAUUGCGGAAUCCGGACAACUCCAGCAUGAUGGUGCCCUUCAUCAGCUGCUUCGCGAUGCCCAAAGUGGACUAUGGAGAUUACGGAGCGGCGAUUGGGGAUGAGGACGACAAGGCAGGCAGGCAAAUGCAUGCGUGGGAACUGAUUCUCGAGUAUUACUACAUCAAGAACGGCGAUAAAUACAAUGAGACACCGGCACGGAGGCUCUCGCAGAGUUUCAACCUAGAGAUUGUGGGCGGCACAGCGAUCUCGGUGAAGCAGAGCCUUCUCAGCACCAUAGGAUGCAUCCUGACCCUCCAUGCGCCCUACAAGCGUAAUCUCAACUCCCACUUUAAGGCGUUCGUCUGUGCCGGACUCAAUACGGGAAAGCUCACAAAGUGGCUUCAUCUCAUCUAUCAGUGCCCAGAACUCUGCUCCACGUACUACACCAGUUGGAGCUACGCCGCCAAGACAGGCUUUCGGGAUGCCCUUCGCAGCAUGGAGCCGUUGAGUCUCCUGAAAUUCGAUCUGCCCGUGGACUUUGCUAUUCGUCAAUUUCAGAACAUGAAUGAUGUUUUCCAGUAAAUUCCCAGCAUUCCCUCUAUUCCAAUCAUUCAAGUACUUUAGAAGAGCGUUCAAUUUUAGUCAAUUUAGCCCACGGAUUUAGUGAUUUUUUAUUGUGAUUACUUUAAAAAAGGAUGGAUUCCAAAGGAUGAUUUGUUAGACGUUUGAGGCAAGUAAUAAAGAGGCGUAUAAGCGUAGUCGACUGCGUCAUGCAUUGAACAAUGGCUGAAGCAGCGACA